AUGUCUCGUAUGAGCAACGGCGAAAUUGGCCAUGAUAGCAUCGAACCAUUUGCACUUCAUGCCGACAGUGAAGUGAUGUGGUCGGAGAACCUUCUAGAGAACGAUAUUGAUCUUUGGCCUGUUGAUGGCUUUGUGAUAGACGGUGCUUAGACAUUCACUCGUGCCCUUACCGCCGUGGUCGCUGACGUGCAGCAACAGACUCAUGCUGGCCAUCCGAAAACGAGUUUGUCCAGCAGGCCACCGCAAUACCACUCACGCCACCAUCGUCUGUUUUGCACGAUGACGGCACUCAAAACGAACUUUCCCUGGAGUUUUCCGAAACGCCAAAGGAUGUUGUCCGGAGGAGCACUCGACAGCGUCGGAACACGUCAAAGCCAGCACCGGAACGGAUAGAGAAGAGGAAGCAGCCUAGAGAGGUGGAGCGAAAGUACCGUCACAAGCUUCGUGACCACCUCUCUGAGCUGAAGCGCACAGUCCCAACCCUGCGAGCUGCAGCGCCAGGUGUGAAAGCAGGCCUUGAGCUUCCAGGGCUACCAGUGGCGGCGAACUCAAGGAAGCCUACCGUCCUGGCUAAAACGCUUGAGUAUAUUCGGUACUUGGAGAACGUGAACCGCGAACUGCUCGCUCAGGUGGAGCAGUGCGGGUGUGGCCAGAGACCUUGCAUGGUCAUGUGA